AUGGAAAGGGGGGAGGGACAAAAUGGGAGAGAGGAGGCUUGGGAAAAGAAGGUGACAUUGGGAUUCAUGGGAAUGGUAUCAUCAUCGUUCUACACAUCUACUCCAAGCCUCUCCUCCCACAAAUCCGUCACCCCCUUUUCGCUGAGCUCUGGCAUCAGCCUCACGAGCACCAACUCGAGGAUGUUGUACAUGAGGUGCUUGUUGCAGUACUCGUCGUCCAGCACCAGGAGGAGCCGCUCCAUCUCGUCUAUCAAAAGAUCCUCCUCAUCCGAUGAGGAGUCCCCCUCACCGGUGGACGCCCCGCGCCGCCAUAAGCGACCGCCAAAGUAG